AUGAAAGACGCCCAGCGCGAGUUCGCCGACAUCAAGAAGCGACAGUCCAGGUCUCUGAGCGAGGCCGUCAAAGAGUAUCGCAGGCGAUACGGCAUGCCGCCCCCUCCGCACUUUGACAAGUGGUACGAGUUCGCCGUGAGCAACAAGGUGCAGCUGGUUGACGAAUUCGACACCGUCCACGACAUGAUGACUCCCUACUGGGGACUGCAGCCGCAGACGCUUCGGGCAAGGGUGGCGGAGGCGCUGGGCUAUGACAACGGGCUGCUUGGGGUCGCUAUUCGAGAUCAUGAGAUUAUGCACAUGGAGUACGGGUUCGAGUGGCAGAGGAACGCCACCAAGGGCAUGAUGGACAAGUUCCUGCAGUAUCUGCCGGACAUGGACCUGGCCUUUAACAUUCACGAUGAGCCUCGAGUCGUGGUUCCCCACGACGAUCUGUCUCGGCUCGUCCGCAAAGCCAAGGACGUGAACAUGGCCGCCUUGAGUGGCAAGACGAAGCUCGUCAACGGCUUCUCAGCAAGGCCAUCUGAUGUCAACGACGGCAAGACGUUCAAGGAGACGAAGCUCACUCGCUUCAGCACGAUUCGGUACCAGUCCACCUGGGCAGACUCCCGCAUGUCCUGUCCGCCAGACAGCCAGGCGAGGAUCCUCGAAGACGAGGAGCGCGCCGACGAUCUGAGCCGGUACGGCGUCAGUGACCUCGCUUUCGUGUACAACACCACUGCCAUGUCCGACAUCUGCCUCACGCCGUCCCUCAGUUCGACGUAUGGCUUCUUCGACCGCCCAAACGUGUUCAAGGUCACCCACGACCUGCUGCCCAUCUUUUCGCAGUCCAAGAUCUCGUCCUACGGGGACAUUGUCUACCCAUCUCCUUGGUACUGGUACAAGAAAGUCGCCUACAACGAGAGCAACGACAUGCCCUGGGACGACAAGGAAAGCAAGCUCUACUGGAGAGGCUCCACGACCGGGGGGUACAGCCGUAACGGCGGAUGGAGGAGGCACCACCGCCAGCGCUUUGUCCAAAAGAUCAACUCCAAGGAGCAGGCCAAGAUCAUGGCCAAGAGCGGCGGCAUCACCAACGCCCCCGAGAGCCCCUCCAAAUGGGAGCCCAAGGAGGUGCCGCGCGGUGAUUAUCAGAAGCUCAUCGACGUGCAUUUUUCCCACGUCGGGCAGUGCGACCCGGGCGACUGCGAGGCGCAAAGGGAGUUCUUCGACGUCGUCGAUCUCGUCGACCAGCAGGACGCCUGGGGGUACAAGUACCUGGUCGACAUGGACGGCAACGCCUUCUCCGGCCGCUUCUACGCCUUCCUGCAGAGCCGCAGCCUGACGUUCAAGCUCGCGCUGUUCCGGGAGUGGCACAGCGAGCGGCUCCGGCCGUGGGUGCACUACGUGCCGCUGAGCCUGCAGGGGGACGACUGGCUCGAGGCGGUGCGCUUCAUCGACCAGGAUGGCGAGGGGUCUGCGGAGGGGCGGAGGAUUGCGGAGGAGAGCCGUGAGUGGGCGAACCAGGCGGUUCGGAAGGUGGAUAUGGAGGUGUGGUUUUUCAGGUUACUGUUGGAAUACGCACGGGUUAUUGAUGAUAAUAGAGAAAAUCUUGGAUUCGAGAUAUGA